AUGAAGAAUCCACCAAUAAAGCAAGGAGAUUAGCUGGAGGCUGGUGUGGAUGCAGAGGUUUUUUUCCUACAUGUUGGUCUAGUAAAGGAGAAAUGGAAACAUCACCACAGAAGUGAGGAAACACAUACCUGGAUGCUGAUUACAGGCUAUAGACCUACCAUCAUCUGAGCCUGCUUUCCUCCAAGUCUGUAUCAUUCGGUAGCUUACGGCAGGGUGAAGAAUGCCUGGUUGUCGGACAGACUGUAUACAGAGACCUCUCUCUCUUGUAUUCUACAAGCUGGGGAAAGUGGUGGGCAGGUACCCCUGGUGGUUCCUCUUUAUUCCCAUGAUCAUAUCUGCCGGACUGGGAGCCGGCUUUUACUUUUUACCCCAAAGGCAGGCUAAUGACAUAGAAAAUGAGUUCACCCCAAUAGGAGGUCCAGCAAAAUCUGAGAGAGAAUUUGUGAGGACACACUUCCCAACCAACGACUCCGGGCAUUUCUCUGCACAGAGACUCUAUACAGAAGGCUCUUUUGUUUCUCUCAUUGCUGUCAGUCUCUCUGAUAAUAUUAUCAAUGUUAAUUCAUUCAGAGAGCUUGUAAAGCUGGAUGAGAUGGUGCAGAAUCUUAGUGUCACAUUAAAGGAACAGAAUGCUAAUGUGAUCUUGAGUUUUGAGCAGCUCUGCGCAAAAGACAUGGGGGGGAAAUGUGUGGCAAUAAACCCACUCUUAUCCAAAGUACAAAGUAAUGUAGAUCUGAUAGAGACAAUACAAAUUACUUACCCCAUGUUUGAAGGGACAACAUUCCUGGGAACAUACUUGGGUGGGGUGACACUGAACCCCAACAACACUGUACAGAGAGCAAAAGCAGUAAGGUUAGUGUAUUAUCUGAGAGAAGACAGCCAGCAAGACAAAGAAAAAAGUCUGCAAUGGAUUGAACACUUUAUCAAGCAUGUGUCUCACAAUAUAGAAAUGCUGCAACUGAAGACUGUACAGACAUCUUACUUUUCAUCAAUAUCACGACAACAGGAGUUUGAAGGAACAACAAAAACUGUAAUUCCUCUGUAUUCGAUCACAUAUUUUAUCACCAUAUUCUUUUCCAUUACAUCAUGUGUAAGGCGUGACUGUGUGAGGAAUAAAACUUGGGUGGCCACUUUUGGAGUUAUUUCUGCUGGGUUAGCUGUGCUUUCUAGUUUUGGUCUUUUGCUACUUUGUGGAGUGCCUUUUGUUGUUACAGCAGCAAAUGCCCCAUUUCUAAUUUUAGGUGUUGGAGUGGAUGACAUGUUCAUUAUGGUUUCCAGUUGGCAGCAAACUAAAGUUAAGAGUCCAGUUGAAGAAAGAGUGGGCAAGACAUAUGAAGAAGCUGCGGUCUCCAUAACAAUUACAACCCUCACAGAUGUCCUAGCUUUCUAUAUAGGAAUUAUGACUUCUUUUGGGUCGGUGCAAUCUUUCUGUAUUUAUACUGGAACAGCUAUACUGUUCUGCUUCCUAUAUAACAUCACUUGUUUUGGUGCAUUUUUAGCCAUCAAUGGGAGAAGAGAAGAGAGUAACAGGCACUGGUUGGUUUGUAAAAAAGUGCCAGAGCAAAAAGAUGACCACCGUUCCACUUUCUUUAAUGCUUGCUGUGUUGGAGGAACAUUCAGUGCAAUCACUGGUACGGAGACUGACCAUCCCAUGACAAAUUUCUUCCAGAAAUAUUAUGGUCCAUUUAUAACCAACAUUUGGACUAAGAUCAUUGUGUUGGGUUUAUAUGGUGGAUAUUUAGCUGGCAGCAUAUACGGGUGCUUUCAGGUACAGGAAGGAAUCGAUUUACGUAACUUGGCUACUGACAGCUCCUAUGUCCGUUCUUUCUAUGAUUAUGAAGAUUUAUAUUUUGAUGACUAUGGCCCCAGAGUUAUGGUUGUGGUAACACAGGAAGUUCCUUACUGGGAUGUAGACACCCGUAAUAAAAUUGAUAAGUGUAUAGAGUCAUUUAAAUUAACCUCCUAUGUCAGUGAAGACCUCUCUGAGUCCUGGUUGAAAGCAUACAUUGUGUUUGCUGAACUGCUUAAACUGGAUAUAAAUGAUAGAAAUAACUUUAUUGGAAAUUUAUCAAGAUUUCCAGAUUUGAAACAAGAUGUGGACAUUCAGUCAGGAACUAUAAAAGCUUCCCGUUUUUUUAUCCAGACUAUGAAUGUCACUUCUUCCGUAGAUGAGAAAAACAUGCUAAAUCAGGUUCGGGACACAGCAAAGAGUUGUGAGGUCCCUGUCCUUGUGUACCAUCCGGCAUUUAUAUACUUUGAUCAAUAUGCUGUAAUCAUCCAGAAUACAAUUCAAAAUGUUGCUGUAGCUGCUAUUGUUAUGCUUGUUAUUUCAUUACUGCUAAUUCCAAAUCCUCUGUGUUCCCUCUGGGUGACAUUUGCUAUAGCAUCUAUUAUUGUAGGGGUCACUGGAUUCAUGGCUUUGUGGGAUGUUAACUUAGAUUCCAUAUCCAUGAUCAACCUUGUUAUUUGUAUUGGGUUCUCAGUGGAUUUCUCAGCUCAUAUCUCAUACGCCUUUGUUUCAAACAAGAAAUCCACUGCAAAUGAGAGGAUGAUUGAAGCAUUGCACUCUCUUGGCUAUCCUAUAUUACAGGGAGGUCUCUCCACCAUCCUGGGUGUCAUAGUACUCUCCACUUCAGAGAGCUACAUCUUCAGAACAUUUUUCAAGAUCAUAUUCCUUGUUAUCGCCUUUGGAAUGCUCCAUGGACUGGUUGUUCUUCCGGUGCUGUUAGCACUGUUUGGAACUUUUGUCAAAAAACAGGACAAUGCGAACAAAAUAAAUGUGUCACAAAUGAACAAUGUUCCACAAGAUUAUUUUGAUGAAGCUAUAAAACAUGUUGUGACACCUAGAUUUAUGAAUGGUGUUUUCUUUUCUGAUCCUGAUUGUCCAUAAUUUAUUUUGAAAAUAAAGUUUUUAUGUGAAUUUAAAAGAUUACAUUUUAUUUUAUUUUAUUUGGAAUUAAAAGAGUCUAUAUUGCAGGGAAUUUCUUUGAGU